GUAAUUUCUCCCUCUGAUCUUCUUUACCUGUUGUGAGCAGACAAGCGGACAAGAUGAUGAUCUCCCCGUGGGACCGCUGGUUCUCCGCGAGCUGCUGCCUGUGCUGCCAUGUCCGCACAGGAACCAUCAUCCUCGGGGUCUGGUACAUGCUCAUCAAUGCCGUGGUGUUACUCAUCCUGCUCACAGCGCUCAGUGAUCCUGAGCAGUACCACCUGACCAGCGCUGAGUUGGCUAAUGACCUGGAUGUCAUGGAUGACGCCAACAUGUGCAUCGCCUCAGCCAUCUCUCUGCUGAUGAUACUGAUAUGUGGGAUGGCAACAUAUGGUGCAUACAAGCUGCGUGCAGCCUGGAUCAUCCCGUUCUUCUGCUACCAAAUAUUUGACUUUGCACUCAACACCCUGGUCGCUGUCAGCAUCGUGGUUUACCCAAACACAGUACAGGAUUACCUGCAGCAGCUGCCUGAUAACUUCCCCUACAAAGAGGAGAUCGCUGCUCUCAGUAACGUGUGCUUGGUCCUCAUCGUGCUGCUCUUCAUCGGUUCUAUUCUCAGCUUCAAGGCCUACCUGAUAGCAUGUGUGUGGAACUGCUAUAGAUAUGUGAGCGGCCGGGGUGCUUCAGAAAUCCUGCUCUAUGUCACGACCAAUGACACCACGGUGCUGCUGCCUCCGUAUGAUGACAGCGUCAGCGUCCCUCCCAAGAAGGCUCCUCCCCCGUAUUCCACCGCUACAGCAUGAAAACAUUCCCAGCAUCCUGCUGACUGGGCCCUUUCUGUUAAUAACCCCCCCCAGCAAGAUUUAUGCACCACACUGCCUCUCCAGUGUACACUAUAUCCAUGGAUAUAUUGUAUCUUCACAGACAUUCCAGUACACCCAUGCAUGCACCGACGCGUACAAAAUCAUCUCGCACACGUAUGCACAUGCACACAUCUCAACCACCACGUGACCUCUCAUCCCUUCCUGUUAUUGGUGAGCUCAUAUUCUCGCUAUUCCUCAUCCAUGUGUCCAUUCUGUUUCUGUUUCCGGAUGUGAUGUGCAUUUCAAUGCAUUUGAACCUGGGUGCAAAAAGGCACUAGAAAGUUUUAGAUUCUAUAUAUUUGUAUUGAUUCUAGUUACGCUGUGUGUGUGUGUGUAACCGUAAUAGUAUUUUGUUGUGCUACCUUUGAUAGUCAUAUCUAACUUAUGCACAAAUUAUAUUAUUGCCCAGAGCGACGAGGGAACCAUCGUCGCUCGUUUCCCGUUUGUCUCGUCUCUGCUCGUGAUCAGGGUCGGAUUGCCUUUAUUCAUAGCUUUCUCUCUGAUGGGGCGCCCUUCAUAGACCCAUGUGUGAAGUGUCACCUUGACGGGAAGUUGUCCCAAAGAAACGUGUUUGCCUGUAUUCUGACAUGAUCACAGAGCAACCUAGUGUAUACUGAACAUAUCACCUUCUUUUAUUUAACUACAAACCAUUUGUUUUGUGUUAUCAGGAGUGUUGAGUUGUGCAUAACUUUUAAAUGUAACUGUGUGUUUCUACUGAAUGACAAGAAAAGUCUAAUUGGGAGGCUAUUUAUCUAUUAUGAAAGCACAGAAGUAGCGCUGAUCUGGAAUCAGUUUGCUCUUCGAUGUAACUAUGAAUGAGUCGCUGGAGGGAACCCGGUGCAGUGACUCCGGAUCGGGGCCUCUCUACGUCCAGGAGCUCAGUAAAUACGGGCCCUGGUUGUGUUUUUGUAAUCAAAACCAACGGGAACUUCUGUUCUGUGUAAACACACAAGUCUGCUCCACCAGAUGCAGCUAUUGGCCGGCUGCUUCAUGGUCCACAAAAUGUUGUGCAAGGACACA